GUCACGUGGGAAGAUGGACCCGGUGCUGUACGUGUUGGCCGCGGCGCUGCUCGCCGCUCUCAUCGUCUUUGCCACCCGGUUCCGGGGCCAGGCGCAGGCAGCUGACGAGGAACACCAGCGAAAUGUGGCAGCCGUGGUGGCCAGGCCUCGGCCUCACACCGAUGAGCGGGGAGAAGGGAUGCCCAGACGCCGAAGGAACAUGGGCAGCAGGAUGCUGGCCCAGAGGAGAGCACAACAGGCAGAAGAUGGGAUGGAAGAGGAAGAUGAUGGAGAUGAGGCUGCAGAAUUUCAGUCGUCUGGGAAAAUCGGAGCAAAGAAACAGAGGAAACUAGAAGAGAAACAAGCCAGAAAAGCCCAGAGAGAGGCUGAAGAAGUAGAGCGUGAGGAACGGAAAAAACUCGAGUCAAAGAGAGAGGAGGAAAGGCGGAAAGAAGAGGAGAGAUUACGCCUUGAAGAAGAAAGACAGGAAGAGGAACAAAAGAAAGCAAAAGAAGAAAAGGAGCAGAGGGAGCAUGAAGAGUACCUCAAGCUGAAGGAGUGUUUUGUAGUUGAAGAGGAGGGUGUCGAAGAAGCAAUGACCGAGGAAGAGUCCCAUAGCUUUCUAACGGAAUUUAUCAACUACAUUAAGAAUGCAAAGGUGGUUCUUCUGGAAGACCUGGCUUCCCAUUUGGGGUUAAGAACCCAGGAUGCAAUUAAUAGAGUACAAGACCUGAUGGCAGAUGGCACUCUAACAGGUGUGAUUGAUGACCGAGGAAAGUUCAUCUAUAUCACUCCAGAGGAGAUGACCGCAGUGGCUCAGUUUAUCAAACAGAGAGGACGAGUCUCCAUUGCAGAACUGGCCGAAGCAAGCAAUUCCCUCAUCAACCUCCAACCUGAGAGCAGAGCUGUCACUCAGAGCACGGCGUGAUAAUGCAUUUCACAGUGUGGGAAGAUACUGCAGUAGCGUAAAUUAAUAACACGCAGGUCAUUAAAAAAAAUCCCUGUCUAUUCAUAACCGU